CCAUUUGUUUUCUAUUAAGGAUUAAUUGUUCUACAAUAAUAUUUUUUUUUUUUGCAUACAUUUUUUCAAUGAAUAGGAAUGGCUAAAGAAAAAAAAACCACUACACGUAGCGCAAUAGCUGAUGUUGUGACAAGAGAUUAUACAAUUCAUUUGCAUAAAGCAAUUCACGGGCGGAGUUUUAAGAAACGUGCACCACAUGCAGUUAAAGAAAUUCAAAAAUUUGCUAAAAAACACAUGGGAACAAGUGAUGUUCGAUUGGAUCCAUUGUUGAACAAAGAAAUUUGGAAACAAGGUGUUAAAAGUGUACCUCAUCGUAUGCGUUUACGUCUUUCUAGACGUAGAAAUGAUGAAGAGGAUGCUAAAGAGAAAUUGUAUACUUAUGUCACCCACGUAACAGUGACCUCUUUCAAAGGGUUGCAAACUACAGUUGUUGAUCAAUAAAUUAAUCUCUAAAAAAAGAAAUACAUUUUUUUUCUUUCUUUAAAGAAAUAUAAAGAAAUUAAUUUUUUAAUUU